AUGCUUCACCGGAAAAUCCAGCGUCUGAGCAGCGCUCUCCUGCUUUUCGCCCUUCUACCUCUCUCUACACUUGCGCGCCCUUUUGUUCUUGUUCUGUCCCAGGACGACCUGUCCGACGCAGCCGCCGCCGCCGCCGCUUCCAAUCAACCCUCUCCGCCCGAUGAUGUUUCAGAUUUCGACGACUUCCCCGAAUCGGAGUCCAAAUCCGAUUCCAUCCUCGACCCUGGCUCGUGGUCUCCUCUGUUCGAACCAGAUCUAAAUUCUCGAGACCCUAACCUUAGUGAUAAUGAUGAGGUGAUUUAUUACAACGGGGUGAGGAGGAUGGUGGAGGCAGCUGCUAAAGGAGAAUUUAGGAUUAUGGAGGAGGCUGCGGCGGAGAUCGAAGCCGCGGCCGCAGAUGGACAUCCGCACGGGCAGUCGGUGAUGGGGCUUUUGUAUAGUAUGGGAAUUGGAAGAGAGAGAAAUGAGGGAAAAGCCUUUUUGCAUCAUCAUUUUGCAGCGCAGGGUGGUAAUAUGCAGUCAAAGAUGGCCUUGGCGUACACUUACUAUCGUCAGGAAAUGCAUGACAAAGCGGUGAAGUUGUAUGCUGAAUUGGCAGAGAUAGCAGUGAAUAGUUUUCUCAUCUCGAAGGACUCGCCUGUGAUUGAACCGAUAAGAAUCCACAGUGGUGCGGAGGAAAACAAGGAAGCUCUCAGGAAGUCCCGAGGAGAGGAGGAUGAAGAUUUCCAGAUUCUGGAGUACCAGGCACAAAAAGGGAAUGCAGGAGCUAUGUAUAAAAUUGGUAUAUUUUACUAUUUUGGCCUUAGAGGCGUGAGGCGUGAUCAUGCCAAGGCAUUGAGGUGGUUCUCAAAGGCAGUAGAGAAAGGUGAGCCCAGGUCGAUGGAACUUCUUGGAGAGAUAUAUGCGAGAGGUGCGGGGGUUGAAAGGAACUACACUAAAGCUCUCGAAUGGCUAACGCUUGCAUCAAAACAACAGCUUUAUUCUGCUUAUAAUGGCAUGGGAUAUUUAUAUGUGAAGGGUUAUGGAGUAGAGAAAAAGAACUACACCAAGGCAAAGGAGUAUUUUGAGAAAGCUGCUGACAACGAAGAACCUGGUGGAUUCUACAACCUUGGUGUGAUGUAUCUUAAGGGACUUGGACUAAAAAGGGACCUGAAAAUAGCAACUAAGUACUUUGCGCUGGCCGCUAAUGCAGGUCAGCCAAAAGCAUUCUACCAAUUAGCGAAGAUGUUUCACACCGGUGUGGGGCUCAAGAAGAAUCUUCCUAUGGCAACAGCAUUAUAUAAAUUAGUUGCAGAGCGCGGUCCUUGGAGUUCCUUAUCCAGAUGGGCUCUGGAGUCGUAUCUAAAAGGUGAUAUUGGCAAGGCUUUCCUUUUGUACUCAAGAAUGGCAGAGAUAGGAUAUGAGGUGGCACAAAGUAAUGCGGCUUGGAUUCUUGAUAAAUAUGGGGAAAGUAGUAUGUGCAUGGGUGAAUCAGGACUCUGUAAAGAUGCUGAAAGGCAUCAACGGGCGCAUGCCUUGUGGUGGAAAGCUUCUGAGCAGGGUAAUGAGCAUGCUGCUUUGCUGAUAGGGGAUGCAUAUUACUAUGGUCGGGGUACAGAUCGGGAUUAUGAUCGUGCAGCGGAAGCCUAUAUGCACGCAAAAUCUCAGUCAAAUGCUCAAGCAAUGUUCAAUCUGGGGUACAUGCAUGAGCAUGGGCAAGGGCUACCACUGGAUCUUCACCUUGCUAAGCGCUACUAUGAUCAAGCUUUGGAAGUUGAUCCUGCUGCAAAGUUGCCAGUAUCACUAGCUCUUGCCAGUCUGUGGAUCAGAAGAAAUUAUGCCAACAGUUUCCUUGUUGAUGUGAUUGAUUCACUUCCUGAAGUUUACCCGAAAGUGGAGGCUUGGGUGGAGAAUGUGAUUAUGGAGGAAGGAAACGCAACAAUCCUGACGCUCUUUGUUUGUCUCCUUACGGUUCUUUACUUGCGAGAGCGUCAAAGGAGACAUGCUGCUGCUGGUGACGGAGGAGUUCCCCCUGUGGAGCAGGCUGCUGUACCUCUUGGUUAA